GGCAACUGAAAAAAGAAGAAUCUUUACAAGAAAAUAAUAAACGUCAAAAUCAGCAGCUGUAAUUGUACAAAGAAGCAACUCUACUGAGUUUAGACUUUAGAGUUAGACGAGCAUUAAAUUAAGGGGAGGUUCGUUUCCCAUUCAAAACCGUCGAAAACAGAGUUCAAACUUCAUUCAUCUACACAAUUGUCUCCAGUUUUCGAGCCUCUGGCGUAGUUGGACGAGUCAACUGGUGAUAUGGAAAGAAAUUUAGUCCAACUAUUGGUUGCAGCAGUUCUUUCAGCUGCAAUUUCAAUCAGGUCAUAUAGAAAGAAGUCCCUUGACCUUUCUGGAGCGCUUUCUGGUUUUGCUGUUAUGACAAUUCAUUUUGCCAUCAAUUACAGGUUUGGUGCUCUGUUACUUGCCUUCUUUGUUUCUUCUUCAUUGUUAACGAAAGUUGGAGAGGACAAAAAGAAGAAAGUUGAUGCAGAUUUUAAGGAGGGUGGUCAACGCAAUUGGAUACAAGUUUUCUCUAAUAGUGGUAUCGCGACAAUUUUAGUCCUGAUUGCUUGGACACAAGUGGGCAUGCAGGACUUUUGUCUAAAUUCAGAAGAAUCACGUGUCAUGACGUAUCUAGCUGGUGGCAUUCUUGGUCAUUACUGUUGCUCAAAUGGAGACACAUGGUCAUCUGAGCUCGGGGUUCUCAGUGAUGAUCAACCGCGGCUUAUUACAAACUUCAAGCCAGUUCAGAAGGGUACCAAUGGCGGUGUGACAAAGGCAGGAUUUCUUGCUGCUGCUGCUGCGGGCUCUGUGCUUGGACUUACAUUUGUUAUCUUGGGAUUUCUGACUACCAACUGCACUUUCAAUGUAGCUAUGAAGCAGCUAUUGUUGAUACCAGUGUCAGCUCUUUCGGGAUUGUGUGGAAGUGUUAUCGAUUCUUUAUUGGGAGCAACGCUCCAAUACAGUGGUUUCUGCAGUGUCCGAAAGAAGGUUGUGAGUAAAGCUGGACCGACGGUGAAGAGGAUAUCGGGUCUUAGCAUACUUGACAACAAUGCAGUGAAUUUUGUGUCGAUUCUGUUAACGAGUGCGCUGACUUCCAUAGCUUGUUCAUGCAUAUUCUGAGGUUUGCACUCACAGUUACUAUAUGAUUGUCUCCCUUUACAUAUACUGAUCGCCUACGCAUACUCUAUAUAUAAUUUGUCCACCCCCCCGUUGCCCAGUGCACCCUAUUCGCAGCAAUUGCGGCCAACGAGUGCCAACUUGCGUGCACCCAAGGUGGCUUUGCGCGGGGCUCCCUUACUCUUCGUGUUGUGGCCCGGAGGCAACUUCUGUUUUUCGUUCUGGAUUGUUUUUUUUUUUUUUUCAUUCCAACAUUACAAGAAUUUACAAGAGAAAUCAAAUCCCAGUUUACAUUGUGGGUUUAUAUCAA